AUGUCAGCACCCGGGCUGACUCCCCAACUAAAAGCCUUCAAUGAGGAGCUCGCCGGGAUAUGUUCGGAAUCGCCCCCGAUUUCGCGUUCGAAAAUGAAAGCGAUUACAACGAGCGGAAUGAAGGCGAUAAAAAUGUACAAGCAUGUCGUGCAAAACGUAGAAAAAUUUAUAUCAAAGUCAAAACCUACUUACAAAGUCACUGGUCUUUAUGUGAUAGAUGCGCUUAUACGAAAAUCACAAGCUGAAUUUGGCCCAGACAAAGAUGUUUAUGCGAAGCGAUUUCAAAAAAAUAUGCUGAUAACUUUUCAACAUCUCGCGAAAUCAGCAAUAUCGAAUGAGGACAAAGAGAAAUGCAAAAAGAUAAUUACUCUUUGGAGACGAGGAAAAACAUACGAAGAGUCUUUGCUGGAUGAAUUAGAUAGUAUAAUGCUUAAAAGCAGUAAUUCAGUCAAAUCGGAAUCCAUUGCUAGCAAGAACGAACCGAAUCCACCUGCUGACGACGCAGAGGUUCUUAUAUCGACGAUUCUAUCGAACCCAGAGUCUGAAAUGGCCCAGAAUCUCGCGAAAAUGCUCGGUGGACCUCAGCAGGAGCAAUUACAGCAAAUAUUGUCGAAAAUGAAAAAUAAUCAACCCGAAACCCAAACAGAGCCCAUUCAAGAUAAAAGUCCUCUUAUUGACGAGGUAGAUCGUAAUAGUUGGCAGCAACCGCCGCCUCCACUUCCACCUUCUCAUGGAAAAUCGAUACCUAUCAGUACGAUUCCUCCGCCAAACGAUUGGCAUCAGCACCCUCCUCCGCCCCACCCAUUAUUGCCUCCGCCAGGAGCCUGGGAGCAUCCUCCACCGCCCAGACUGCCCUCUCCCAGACAUGAUCGUGAUCAUAGUCGCGAUAGAAGGCGUUCGCGAUCCCCAAGAAGAGAUUUCUCGCCAAGACGAGAUCGUUCGAGAUCUCGAGAUAGGGACAGCAGAAGAAGGAGAAGAUCCAGAACUAGAAGUAGAAGUCGAGACAGAGAUAGAAAACGCAGCAGAAGCAGAGAUAGAGAUCAUCGUCGAGAUAGAUAUCGUCGUCGUUCCAGGAGUAGGGAAAGACGCUCCAGUAGACGUGAUGAGAUUUCUAACAGAGAAAAAAUGUGCCUACCAAGUACUAAAGAGGGAAAAGGCUGUGUUGCCUCACGUACGAUUUGGAUCGGAAAUAUUUCCAAGGGUGACUGCACCGAAGAAAGCGUGAGAAAUAUGAUUAAAAACGUGGAUCGGGCUGAUGACAUAGAAGACAUUACCGCUUUACACUCCAGAGGAUGUGCUUAUGUUGUGAUGAAAACACGCGCUGCUGCUUUCAAGACUCUACAAAAACUAGCUUCGAAAAGAGGUCGCGAAGAAAAACGCAAAGUCGACUGGGCGAUCAAUUCUGGACUGAAAGACGCAGAGAUGCAAGCAUAUUUUGACAAAGCAGAAGGUGCCGCCUUCAUCGAGUACUCUAAGCUUCCAGAGGAUAUUGAGGUUCUCAUAAAGUGGGCUCGUGGUGGAGUUAUCGACAUAGAGAGUAUGCCGGAAAAGGUCCAAGCAGCUAUUGCGGCAAAGGAUCGGGAAAACUCUCAGUCAGUAGACAUGGAGAUGGACAUGGACGAGAAAGACCCCACAAGUCAAGUGGUGGGAAAUGCCACGAACUUGCCGAUGGUAGGUGGGAUGCCCACUAUGACUAUUCCAAUGGGAAUGCCUAUGCCUGGACAAAUUCCUUCUGGCCAAAUCCCGCUAGCAACUCCAAUGGGGCAGCAUCCGUUGCAAGGAACACCAAUGAUGAUGGGCCAUCAAGGCUUAAUUCUGCCACAGGGGGGUGUGCUUCCGCAAGGAGCAGCCCCAAGGGCACCUAUGAUGGGAUUCAUUCCUCGCGAACGCUUUCCUGGCCCUGGAGGUUUCGGCCCACGACCUCCUGGGGGUCCCGGUGGCAUGCCGGAUAAUCAUUGGAAUGGACCGCCAGGCCACAGUAUGGGCGGCCCUCGUCAUAGAGGCGAGCGUUUCCAAAGCCCUCGUGGUAGAUUUCCAGAUGACCGUGGCUUUGACGGUGGGCGCGGAGGUCCUAGAGGCGGCCAUGGAUCAUGGAAUCGCGGCCCUCCGAGACAGAAUUUCAACGAUCGAGAUCAUCGAAGAGAUCAUCAAGGAGAUCACCGACGCGAUAACCGAGGAGAUUGGCCUGAUAGAUGGGGCAAUGCCGGUGGGCAUCAACGAGGAGAUCGCCACAGAAAUGACAGAAGUCCGAAUAGAGAUAGAGGAUUCUCGAGACUUUCGCCAAAUCCAUCGCACGAGCAUAAUCCCUGGGGAGGAAGAAACACGAAUGGACAAGGUUGGCAACCACAUGAAAUUAAACAAGAGAAAAACAAUGAACAACAUACCAAUAACGAAGAAAACGCGCAAACUAACGGAUGGCAAUCUAAUGAACCUAAAGACGCUGCAGAGAAAACGCAACCAGUGCCAAGCGACGAAAGCAAAACAAAUGAAUCGAAUCCACCGUUGCAUAUGAUUAAGUCAGAAAGAACUGAUCCAAUUCAAACUGAUCCACCUAAUGAGAGUGAAAAUACAGCUAAUACACCUAUACAUGAUGAGCCAAAUACUAAUGAUGCAACUUCCUCUGCAGCGGCGAUCCAGCCUGUCAGCGGAGCCGCUGAUCCAGGGCUGGAGAAAUCUAUUUAUGAUCCAGACUCACUGCUAAACUCGACAGUGAGCUCAGGUGUUGGUGAGGGCACAGGCGAGCCUUCAACAGCCGAGAGUACGGAUGAUAAUCGUGCUCAAUCCACUGCCAUAUCGUCGCCAGGGAAUGAUUAA